AUGCUUCAGACUCAUAAAGUUUUUUUUUUUUUUUUUCUGCUGGGCACACAAGGGGGGAGGGAUUAUUUUUGCACAAAUGAUUUAACAGGUGAUCUGUCUCUCAGUGUGGACGGGUCAGGUGGAAGACUUGCGUCGGGAGGCUCCAGCAGCUCAGCUGUGAUCACAUCCAACAGCCCCCACACUGCCAGCUCCGGUGGAUCCAGAGCCAACAAGGGCACCGGAGGCCUCAGUCCUCUGGGAGCUUCCCCUGCUGCGUCCUCAGGUGGAGGGAGUCUCCGGGCAGGCUUUAGGGCUGCUGGAGAGGGGUCCUCCAGCAUGUCUUCUAGUUUUACAAGUGGUGGCAGAGACGGAAAAAGGGAAGGGGGUCUAGGUGCCGUGACAGUUUCAACAGUGACAAAGACCAGCUACAGUUCAGGAGGAUCUGGGGAGGCAAAGAGAGGAUCGUCCUCAGCAAUUACUCAUUCACCUGUUCCAAAAGAGAGGAAGAGCAUGAGCGCCAUGGCAACAGCUCGCUCAGAGGUCUUUGACGAGAGUUCAAGCACAAACUCUUCUCCAGAGUAUAUCAGGAAGGAGUACGGCUCUUCAGGUUCUGCCAGCAGAGGGAGAACUCAGAGCAGAGAGAGUGAGAUCAGAGCCAGGCUUCAGAGCGCUUCUCCUACAGCAAGCUGGACGGAGCUGGACGACGUGAAGCGUCUGCUGAGAGGAAGCCCCCCCACCAGCACGAGCCCCGCCCAGUCCCCCAACAACACACUGCCCAUCCCCAAGAAGGCCAGCGUGGAAACCAGGACCUUAUCUGAGAGCUCCAGCGCAGACCACUAUGGCAGCAUUUGGUCUGGAGGAGUGGGCAACAGCUACAGUUACAACACCAACCCCAACAACCUGUCAACUACCUCCACCCUCUACCAGUCAGGAGGCGUUCAGAACAACCUGACACUCGGCUCUCCCUCGUUGAACAGUGGCCUCUCUGUUUGCAGCACUGUUCCUGUGUACGGUGUUCAGAAUAACCUGGUCACUACCAGCCCCGCUGUCCUCUCUCCCACUGGAACCAACGCGCAUAUAGUUUACGGUGUGCAGAAAAAUGCGCCCAGCACUGGAAUUAGCACAACCACAGUGAGAGCCAGCAGUCCCGCUCAUAACGAGGCCUCGGGCAGAGACUUUAAGUUCGUGCUGAUAGAGAAGGAGAACGCUCCUGUUAACAGGGAGACAGAGCGGCUGGUCGUAACCAAAGACACAGGGAAGCAGUUCAUGGGUGCAGCACCUGCUAGUGACUCUGCGGCCUACGCUGAGGACUCACUGAAGAGAGAGAAACAGAAACUAUCAUCCAGCACAGCGCAGGAAGUGACAGAUGCUAAAUAUGCAACCACAAAAGUUGCCACCAAAGACAAAGCCACCUAUGCAGAGAUCCGAGAAGACAAAUCAGGCUUUGGCUUGUGCUCCUGCUGCAGCUGGUGGAAGUGGCUGCUCGGCCUGCUGCUCAGCCUGCUCCUCCUCCUCGGCCUCCUCUUUGGACUCAUCGCUUUGGCUGAAGAAGUGAAACGCCUCAGGAACCGCGUUGAGGCUCUCGAGGCCAUCACUGGCACUGCGUCAGCCAGGUCCAGCCGCUUGUCGGCCUCCUCUGGCGUCAACAUCAUCGACCCGCUGGACUCGUCGUACAUCCAGAGGAGUCCUUCUGGUUCCACCCUGACCCGCUCUGACAAUGGGAUCAACCUGGGGGCCGCCGGGCCGGGGGGAGGUGCAGGGAGCGGCCUGGGACAGGACAGCGCUGCCCUGCAGAGAGCCGUCCAGCAGCUGGUCAGGGCUGAACUCCGCUCGGACGCUUUAAGAGAAACACUUGCAUACUCACUGAAAGGGGAGAAAGGAGAUCCAGGACCUAAAGGCGAUCCAGGGCCACUGGGACAAAAAGGUGAUAGUGGCUUCCCUGGCCUGCCAGGUCCUCCUGGGCAGAUGGGUCACCCAGGAUCGGAUGGACAAAGGGGACCAAAGGGAAGUGCAGGUGAACCAGGUCAGGAGGGACCACCAGGCCAGAGGGGCCGGGAGGGACAGAUGGGCCCCCGCGGUGAGGCUGGACCACCAGGUUUUGGAGAAAAAGGAUCUCAAGGUGAGCCAGGACGUCCUGGUCCUGCAGGUGCUGCUGGACCCAUGGGGCCACAUGGCGCUCCGGGUCCGAAGGGUUUCCAGGGUGAAGCAGGAGCUCCAGGAGCAAAAGGUGAUCGAGGGACACCAGGGCUGCUGGGAGCCAAAGGAGACCAGGGAGAGAGGGGACCACGAGGACCAGCAGGUGAAACUGGACAAACUGGACCACAAGGCCCUGCUGGACCAAAGGGUUCUAAGGGGACUGCAGGUGACACAGGUUCUAUGGGACUUCCUGGUGUGAGAGGACCUGCUGGACUUCCUGGAGAUGUUGGUCCCCCAGGUGAACCAGGAUUACCCGGUAAAGUCAUCGCUCCAUUUGGGUCUGAUACUGUGGCCAUCCCCGGUCCACCAGGGCCUGCUGGGCCUCCAGGCCGUGCUGGAGCCCCUGGUCCAGUUGGUCCUGCUGGUGUCCCAGGACAACCUGGUGCUAAAGGGGAACAAGGAGAGAAAGGAGAAAAGGGGGAGAAGGGAGACCAAGGACAACCUGGCGAGCCUGGUAUCAGUGUCACGAGUUCAGAAACUGUCAGUGCCACCAGAACACACAAACUCUCCUCAGUGGCUGGACAGCCUGGCCCACCAGGACCUCCAGGGCCUCCUGGAGCACCUGGUCCUCAAGGUCUUCCUGGUGAGACUAAGCAGGGUCCUCCAGGACGCAGAGGUCCUCCUGGACAGCCAGGUGUUGGUGUACCUGGACCUCCAGGAGCAAGAGGAGAGCCUGGCAGUUUUGUGCCGACCUCGGAAACCUUUUUUGCUGGACCACCCGGACCUCCAGGACCCCCAGGCCCACAGGGUGCAGUAGGUGCCCAGGGGAUACAAGGGUACCAAGGUGAACCGGGUCAACCAGGUCUUCCAGGGAGUCCAGGGGAACCGGGAAUUGGUUUCCCAGGUCAGCCAGGACUUAGAGGACCUCAGGGUCCCCCAGGCCCAGAGGGGCCACAAGGACCUAAAGGUGAUGCCGGAAUCUCUGGAGUAUCCGUUGGUGGCUCAUUUAGUCCUGGCCGCCCAGGCCCACCUAUUCCACCUGGACCUCACUCUGGAUCAUCCGAUAUGGGCCAGUACAUUUCAGAAUAUCUUCAGAGUGGUGACAUCAGGCAGUACCUGGCUGGACCUCCUGGUCCUCCAGGUCCUCCAGGAUCUCCAGGGCCUGCAGGGGAUGGGUUGGUGGACAGUGUGGCCAACCGAGUUAUAGCCUACAUUCAGAGUUCAGGUGGAGGGCAUGAUUGGACUCCUGGACCACCUGGUCCUCCAGGUCCACCGGGCUCCAUCUCUGUCAAUGACAUCAUCAACCUAUUACAACGAGAGGAAGUAAGGAGACAUGUUUCUGGUCCUCCCGGUCCACCAGGACCCCCUGGAGCUCCAGGCCAUGGUAGCUACAGGUUCAGCACCCAGGAGGUGGCUGAACGCGUCCUCAGCCUCGUGAAUGAAAGGGGGGUUGUAGGUGCCCCUGGACCCCAGGGACCUCCUGGGCCUCCUGGUCUUCCUGGAAAUUUGUUAUCAACUGGGCAUCAAGCACUCGUGGGCCCUCAGGGGCCUCCUGGUCCCCCAGGUAUCCCUGGUCCACAAGGUCCACAAGGUCCACCAGGAUUUGGAAAGUACAUCAGUUCAGACCUUCAUGACAACCUGCAAACUGUUUCCUUCAGAGGCCCACCAGGACCCCCUGGUCCCCCUGGACCUGAGGGACCCCCUGGCCGAAUCCUGGGACUUGUUUCCAAUGCUGGGCAUGCCAACAGAGAGAGAGCAGAACAAGGAAACACUGAAGCUGACACUUCAAGAGGAGCUAUGUUUGGACUUCCUGGUCCACCAGGCCCUCCUGGCCCCCCAGGAUACAAGGGAGAGCCAGGUGUGCCCGGUACCAGAGACUGGUACCUGGAUAAUGGAGAUUACUCCAGUAUGGCUGUCAAAGUAACUGAUUACAUCAAAUCCCAUGGUCUUCUUCAUGAUCUUGUGAGAGACUCUGAACGUGUUGUUCAAGGACCUCCAGGACCUCCUGGACGCCAAGGAUACAAGGGAGAGCCAGGUGUGCCCAGUGCCAGAGACUGGUACCUGGAUAAUGGAGACUACUCCAGUAUGGCUGUCAAAGUAACUGAUUACAUCAAAUCCCAUGGUCUUCUUCAUGAUCUUGUGGGAGACUCUGAACGUGUUGUUCAAGGACCUCCAGGACCUCCUGGACCCCAAGGAUACAAGGGAGAGCCAGGUGUGCCCAGUGCCAGAGACUGGUACCUGGAUAAUGGAGACUAUUCCAGUAUGGCUGUCAAAGUAACCGAUUACAUCAAAUCCCAUGGUCUUCUCCAUGAUCUUGUGAGAGACUCUGAACGCGUUGUUCAAGGACCUCCAGGACCUCCUGGACUUCCAGGAAUGCCUGGACAAAGCUCAUGGGUUGGCUCUCGUGAAAAUGUCAUGGAUGUGGUGGAAUACCUAAAAUCCCGCGGUGUGCUGCACGAUAUAGUGAGGGAAUACAACAGUCGUGUCUUCCAAGGACCUCCAGGACCGCCCGGCCCUCCAGGUCCCCCCGGAUACAGCCGAUGGAGUGGUUCUUAUGGAAACACCACAGAUCUGCUGGAAUACAUCAAAUCUCAUGGUCUGCUACGUGACAUCGAACGGAACCACCAUGGACAUAACGUCCAAGGACCACCGGGACCACCUGGCCCUCCAGGUCCCCCCGGAUACAGCCGACUGUUUGGUUCCCAGGCGAACGUCACUGAUCUAGUGGAAUACAUAAGAACACAUGGAGCCAUUGUGGGACAACCUGGAAGACCAGGACAGAAAGGGGACAUGGGAUUCCCAGGGCCAAAAGGAGACAGAGGUGAACGAGGCCUUUCUGGUCCUGAGGGACGCAAGGGACAAAAAGGUGACAGAGGAGAGUUCACACUUAUGACUAAAAGGAGGAGGAGGGACGCUGGUGUUUAAGAGCCAAGUUACUGAAUAUGUGGAACUUUGUAACAAAUAUCACAUAUUGUGUAAUAAUACAGAGUUUGGUGUUCAUAAAGGAGGUUACACAUAAUGGAUGUCUUUCACCAACUGAACUGUUUUUAUAAAUGAUUUGUGAUUUUAUUUUUAUAUUCUUGAAUAUCUACUGUACUGAGCUGUCUGUUUACUACUGCUGCUGAGAUCAGGGGCUGGAUUAACAGCUGUCAUUCAGACGGGUGAGAUCUUUUAUUUUGUGGGAUUGAAUGAAAUGUUGACUUUCUCUUACCUUUUCAUAAUCGUGGGCAUUUUCAGUUUUCAUUUGAAGUUUUGUAACUCAUAUUUUUCAUGCAUAAUGAAACUUUAUUUCAUAUCUUUUCAAUCACUGCCAAAUAAUUAAAAGUGGAUUACUCGAUGGAAUAACAUCAAAGAUGAAAUACAACUGUAGUGCAGAGGAAAACGUUUAUUUACAGCAGAAUGAAAAUCUACAUUACACAGGCAGUCUAAAAACUAUACAUUUAUUUUUAAAAAAUGCAUUAUGAUUUUCAUAUGGAUAUCAUUUUUUAUCAUUCAGAAUUUAAUCAAUUUACUUGUUUUUUUUGUAGACUCUAACUGACCAACAGAACGAAAACCGACAGGAUCGAUUCUGUAAUUAUGUUUUUGUCUGCUGCAAACCUCCAAUAAGAAAACUACAGCACAGACACUGUAUUUCCAUAUAAAUAGCUACUGAGAGAGUUUUGUGCACAGCACCCCUUCAUUGCAUUUUUUGUACAGAACAGUUCAGUUAUUAAAUACCUUUGACUAACUGUAACUCUCAAAGCCAAUCAAGGAGGAAAAUGAGAUGAUAAAAUGAACCAAUCAGAAAUGAAGAUGGCCUAAACCAGUCAGGUCCAUUUUUCGGAACAUGUUUGUAGAUAAAACAGCAUCAAUACAUCAGCCCAAAUAAAAAAAACUGCAAAGAGCUCAUGUUCUGUUUUGCUUUUUUCUGAAUAGAUGCAAUCAUUCUGAAAUCCUUAAAAUGCAUCAUACAGUAACAGAACAGAACUUUAAGUUAACGAGCUGGCAUAAAAUCUGGAGUCUGACCUUAAAGGGCAGUCAUGCUACGUAUAUAGUAUAUCCUUACAGCUUUUCUGACGUAUUAAGGCUAUUAGCUAGCAUGUUAAUGACAACAGUAUUAUCAUAUCAAUAAAAAGAAGAAAAGCCAUGCAGGCCUACUCAUGAUACACCUGGCAGCAAAACAUCAUCAGGAGGCAUAGGAAGAAAACCAAGUAAAUACAAAGGAGGCAUCAUCAUCUGAAACUGCAGCGGAUUUUUGUUUCAACUAGUGGAACUGAAAGCUGUUGGUGUUUGAAUUUGCUGAGUGGGCUUCAUGACACUCAGGCCUAGGAAACUCAAAAAACUGUUACAUCAUUUCCAGAAUUUAUGGACAUCAUUCAAACAUUGCAUUUUUAAUUCAUCCCUGAAUAAUGCUCCUACAGAUACAUAGCUUUUUGCUUGACAAUAAUAAAGUGGUGUCAUCUAAAAAAAACCAAACAAACCAACAAAUACAUAAAUGCUAGUUCCACAGUCUUUCUGCCACCACAGUGAUUUCCUUAGUGUCCAAUUAACAGUGAUUCUGUCUCUGUAAACACCGUCUCUACUGUCUCCAACAAACAGAUUUCCAUCUUUGCUUGUUGCUAAAUAGUAAUCUCAAGCCUUAUGCUCGAGACAGGAAGGCAUUCUGAAGAAAAAACAGAAAAGACAUUUCUGCUGGAAAAAGCUCCUGAAGUUUACUUUGAAACCAUGCAUUAAACUGGUUAGUUUAACCUCUAAUGUAUCACAAUCUAAAAUCCUAACACAGAUAUGUAAUUUAAUAAAAUAUACUGUUUUAUCAUUCCUUCAACAAGAGUGAUAUUAAAAAUGUGCUGUCUGCAUUAUCAGAAAUACAUUCUAUUUCAUGAUCAAUUCUAAAUGAUAAGAUUGCUAUUUAUAGUUACCAAAUUAAAUCAUCAACGUUAUGUUUAAGCAGUAUAAAAAUGCUAUCGUUUGUUUAGUGCAAAUGUCUAAAUGAGAGAGCAAUUGAGCAGCAAAUAAUCAUCAGAAAUUGCUUGGAUUUAAAAGCCAAAAACAACAAAUUCUACAGGCACUGGAUUCUUUAAAAAAACAAUUCAAUCAUAAAAAGAGGGGUGGACAGAGCUGCUUCGCUUUAGUGGUUUUGUGGUGAUGACCAGAACACACAAUCUGAAGAUCUCCUUCAUAAUUCUCCUUCCAAAUGACUAUAAUCUGACAAAAUGAGCAGAAUAAGGGUCUUGCAGAGCAGAACUGCAGACUGAGGAACGAAGUCCAGAAACAGAAAUGCUUCUUACACCCUUCAACAGUUUUCAGAGGAUGAGGGCAAGGCAGCACAGGCUCUGUCUUUACUGUCGGUGUGUGUGCUUGUUUCCUUGUGCGCUGUGUGUAUGUCUCUGCAUAUGUACGCAGGUUUCCCCUAGAAACCGGUGGAGUGGACGCUGGGGAUCGGGUAGAACUUGGAGAUGCGGCUCUGGGUGGAGGGGUUAAGGCACUCCGACUCUCCGCUCAUCUUGAAGAACACUUCCUGUUCCUGCAGCUUCCUGGCAAACUCUUC